GAUGAUAAGCUGAGCAGUAAUAAUGACUUGUUUAACCAUAUUUUUAAUAGUGGCGAUUCCUUUAGCAAUAUUAAAAAUAUAUUGGAAAUUAAAUACCAGAUGGAAUAGAUCCUAUAAGUGUUUAAUAGGUAAAACUGUAUUAGUGACUGGUUCUAACACAGGUAUUGGAUAUUAUACGGCUUUAGAUUUUGCAAAAAGGGGCGCAAAAGUAAUAUUAGCUUGCAGAAACAAAAUAAAAGGUGAAGAAGCUCAAAGACAAAUAAUCAAAGAAACGAAUAACAAUAAUGUUAUAUUAAAAGUAAUCGAUAUGGAAUCAUUUGAAUCCGUUCGAAAUUUUGCUAAUGAUUUUAAUCGAGAUGAAGAGCGUUUAGAUAUUUUAGUAAAUAAUGCUGGUAUAUCCAGUUCAGAUUAUAUGACGGAAGAUGGAUAUCCGGUUAUUAUUCAAGUAAACCAUUUAUCACCGUUUUUAUUAACACAUCUUUUAAUAAAUAAAUUGCACAAAGCGGGUCAUAGUCGAAUUGUAAAUGUGGCAUCUAAUAUGGUACAAACGGGAAAGUUCGAACCGAAAAAUCUUGGUCUUCCUGUGAAAAUACCACAUAAAGCAUAUCGAUUAGGUCAGUAUUAUUCUGAUUCUAAGUUAUGCAACGCUGUUUGUACAAUAGAAAUGAAUAAACGGCUCAAAAAUACCAAUAUUAUUGUUAACGCACUUCAUCCAGGUGUUAUUAUAACCAAUAUAUUCGAUAAUCAACCUAAAUUUGUUAGCUCAAUUGUAUAUUCACUUAAAUGGCUUUUCAAGACUAUCGAAGAAGGUGCUCAAACAACGUUAUAUGUUGCGCUUUCAGAAGAUGCUGGAAAAUCAGGUGGACGAUUUUUUAAUAAUUGCAGGGAUGUCGGACAUUAUAAAAACGCUACCGAUCCGGAUUUUGCGCGUCAAGUUUACGAAAAAUGUGAAAAAUUAGUUGGUCUAAAACCAGAAGAACAAAUUAAAUGAUAACAUUUUAAAUAAUAACGAAUUUGACGCUCGUUUUAUUUAUUGAAGUAUUUAUUAAAAAUAUACU